UACCUAGUGAAAUAGUUUCACAAUUUAUAGUAUGUUUGGUUUAUUGGUGUUUGUCCUUUAACUGUGUUGUGUUGAUUGCAAAUGUGUUAAUAGUGUAUAUUACACCAUGAAAUGGCUGCUAGUUGUGCUAGGUACAGCUCAAUGUCUACAGAUUGCGUUGACUGCUAAGAUUCUCGCUCUCUGUGCUGUGGCAUCUCACAGCCAUUCACUCUGGUGCUACAGAUUCAUGGCUGUAUUAGCUGAGAGGGGUCACCAGAUUACUGUGUUUGGAGUGGACCACCCAAAAAUCACAAUUCCAAACUUGAAGACAUUCAUAGCCGAAGAUGUAUACAAAGCAUUUGAAGCAUCACAAGACCUCAGUGAUAGCUGGGCCUCAUUAUCUCCAGAUUCAAAAAUCGGAUCCAUGUACCUCUUUCAAUCCUGGUUGGAAAUCUCUACUAAACCAAUUAUGCGCUCUAAAGCUCUGAAAGACUUGAUCAAUGAGUACAGAGAUUUUGAAAAGCCAUUCGACCUGAUCAUACAUGAUGACGGGAGCGCUGAGGCUCUGUUAGGUCUUGUCCCAUUGUUCGGUAAUCCUCCACUGCUUCUUGCCACGACGUACGGAACACCUCAGUGGAUGACGUCUCGACUCGGGAACUUCUUCAACCCAGCCUACGUACCUAACAUGAUCUCCGACUUUGAUCAGCACAUGACGUUUUGGGAAAGGUGUGAGAACACGUUUUACUACCUGUUUGUCGAAUGGUUUGUCCGUACCAAGUUUGAUCCGUUUCAAGAGAAAAUGAAGCAGGAGGUGUUUGGGAAGAAUCUCCCUCAUGUGAGAGAUAUAGCCAAGAGAGCAAACGUUGUGAUAGUGAAUCACCAUCCAGCUCUCAAUGAGCCACGUCCGUUCCUGCCUGGUGUCAUAGGCAUUGCCGGACUGCACAUCUCAGACCCUCAGCCACUGCCUAAGGAUAUCCAAGAAUUCAUGGAUGGAGCAGAAAAUGGAGUUAUCCUGAUCUGUUUUGGAACUAACAUUGAUUCCACCUGGUUUUCUCAAGAUUUUGAAACCCAAAUUCUUCAAGCAUUUGAAGGGUUGCCACAAAGAGUGUUGUGGAAGUGGGACAAAGAACUGAAAAAUGUUCCUUCAAAUGUGAAAAUCAGCAAAUGGCUGCCCCAAGGAGACAUGUUAGUUCACCCAAAGAUGCGGUUGUUUAUCACACACUGUGGACUUCUGAGUACACAGGAAGCAAUCUUCCGCCAAGUUCCGAUCCUAGCACUCCCAGUCUUUCUGGAUCAGAGAGGCAAUGCAGAAAAACUGGUGAGGCGCAAUUUGACCAAGAUCCUGGAUGUGGGACAAUUGACCGCUGAAGGCUUGAGAAAUGGAAUCAAUGAGAUUCUCUCCAAUCCAAUGUACAAGCACAACAUAGAGAAGCUGGGUAAGCUGUUUGUAGACUCUCCUCAGACAGCUGCACAACAGGCAGUGUACUGGACUGAAUACCUCAUCUCUCACCACGGAGCACCUCACUUGUACAGUCCAGCCAAAGACCUACCUUGGUAUCAGCUGUUGUUGUUGGAUGUCAUAGCUCUUGUGGCGGCUAUUGUUAUCAUCACUGUCUGGCUGGUCAAGAAACUGGUGAUGCUGGUCAUAGGACCACUGUUGGGAGGCAAAAUAAAGAAUAAGACUGAUUGAAAAUGGACAAAAUAUUACCUAGUGAUUGGAGUGUAAAAAAAAAACUAUUUUUCAUCACUCCUCGUCGAAAGUAACUAUUUUUGAUAACAGCUGUCAUCAAUGAAAGUUGCUGUUUCCCAAGCUCUAAUUUAGGGCGAGGGAAAAUCGAUCAGCUGAUUUUCCCUUGCUCUCGAUUAGUUCUGCCUUUACUCACUACGCACGCUAGUGUUUUGUUACGUUUUAAUGAUUUGAAACAGCUGUUUUUAUUGUUGCACAAUCUCUAAAUCUAUACAGAAACAAGCAUUAGUUUGUUUUGCUGUGUUUUUAACAUAGUGCAUGUUUGAAAUUGCUCAAAUAAUGUCUAAAAUUACAGAUUUGAUGAGAACAGCUUAACUUAUCACAUUUCACCUGAUAAAUCACGGGAAGGAUAAGAAGAGAAAUGCAGAA